GCUGCUGUCAUCCGGGUUUCACAAACGUUGUGGUGGUUUGGAGAAAACAACCGGUACCAACCAUUCUUCCGGUUUCAUAUGUUGGAAACUCUGGAGUCGGACAUACACCCGUACGAUGACAAGAUGAUUUUGACCUAUUCGUGGCCGAGUCGAUGCGUGUGUCCAAAUGAAAUAACGGUCGACAAGCGAUACCUAAUGCUCACACACUCGUACAAAGCUCGUCAAACUUUGAACAUUACGUCCAAAACCGUCUUCCUCACUCGGAUCAGACGCUACACAAAGAGACUAGCAUGUUGGAAAGGAGCCUGCCCUCGAAGACAAAUUCGUAAUCGACGUCGACGAUAUCCCGCUGUUCAGUGGCGGUGGAACGAAGAAUAAGAACAAGCAAAUUCGUCACAUCCACCUUACCCGUUCGACAUAACGCGAGAUCUUAAAGUUCACAUCUAGUCUCAUCUCACAAGAUUUACUGCUGCUUUAGAUUUCUUCUGUCCGCAUGUCACUGCGUGGUACUCAUGUGGAUAGACCAGUGUUAAUACUUCCCUGAACUUCCUCAUGCUUAUAUCUCGUGCCCAUCGUUAUACGCAUAAUAUAUAUGCUUUGG